AGAAUCUGUUAUUUACCAGCGUGAUUCUUCUCCGACGCAGAGCAUGCAGACCAUCAGGAGAUAUUUUAGAGGCAGAUUGUCUGAAUUCAAGAGUUUGAAAGCGACGCAGAGAGCAGCAUUCAGAGCUGUCGCAUGAGAAUGGUUUCUCCCUUCACCUGUUCUUCAAGUGGUUCGCCCCACUAUUCAGCCAGCCUACCCUGAAUGAGUCAUCCUGCUCGUGCCUGAUUGGCCAUUCGGGAUCCAUCCCGAGGGAUUGCCGUGCAGAAAGCUGCCGAGGCCUGACUUCAUUCACAGAAACGUCGGUAUGCCCGUCUGCCUUUCCAUUCACAGGCAGCCUAAAUCAUUUUCACCCGCGCGGCCGCUCAGCAUCCUCUCCGGCUCUCCUCAGCAUCUCUUCUGCAUCUCCGUGACAACACAGAGCCAGGAGCACUUAUAACGCAGUUUUUUUUUGUGUGCUUGUUUUGCUUUUGUCUCAGUGGAGAAGACAAACCCUUGCUCUCUCCCUCUCUCUCUCCCUCUCUCUCUCUCUGUCUUUUUUUUUCAGUUUGCAGGCAGGAAAGCGAGACGCUGGGAGGGACUGCAGUGCGUUCGCCGCAGCAGUACAGGAAGCUUGUGAAUGACUGCUGCUUCCCUGUCACAAGCUCUUCUGGACAUUUCCCAUGAAUGGCUCUUUUUUUCGCUGCCUUAAUGUCAUGGGCUUCAUCCCGUUGGCUGCUUUUUAACGGGGCUCUGAGAUCUGACAUCACUGUUUACGGUUGUUUCCCCGCCGAAUCCGGAUGGCAUUUUAGUGAGACGGAAUCUUGACAUUGCGUGUUUGAGAGAGAUGUUUAAUUAUUCAACAGAGCUCAUUCAGGAGCAAAGCUCGGCUUGUUUUGCCUUCUGUAGGGGGAGAUAUUCGGGCGCUCGUGCGGAUGGAUUUAAGCCGAUGUUUCAUAGUGUCUGAGGAAGAACGAACGUGACGAACAAAGAGAUUUAAAUUUGAGCACGUUUUUAACUCGCCGUUAACAAUGGCGACAUGUAAGCUAGUUGCGAACGAAAGGUGAACGCAGUCAAGUAUUUGUACUUCUAAUGUCCUUUCAGUGAUCUUCAUUUCAGUCUGUUCAGCUGAGCGCCUUUCUUCUGAAUUGAAGUCAACCAAGAUUGUAUGUACUGAGAAUUAGUCAUCACCAUGUACACAGCGACUAGAGUUUCCUUCUUUGUGGCGUACAUGUGUUCCAGGCACAGUACUCCAGUAUGAUCUUUGCAUUGAAUUACGCCGUUGGAUUAUGUUGCUGACUCUUUUUGCAUUAUUUUCAUCGGUUUUGAUUCAGUCGUUUUGACUGAAGAGUUCAACACUGAGCUCUUUAUCGUUGUAUUUAUCUGGACUGAAUCAAAGCAGGAGGCGUUCCUAUGGACAGUGCAAAUUUUGCAAAUUGAUUGGUUCUACCAAGCUGUAAGUGGGAGUUUUUUUUUGUAACAGAAAGUGCUCUGCAGUGUUGAGUGAGUCUUUUGUUGAGAAGCGUCUCUCGUUCUCUCUCUCUCUUUCUCCGAGUGAGUCAUGCAUGUUCAGGGAUCUGCCAGGAUGCGGGGAGAGAGAGAGACAUCUCUUCACUAGAGAUCUGUCUCUCUCUCUGCCAUCUCUGGCCCUCUGUAGAAGAGCGACCUCGCUGCUUUUUUCCUCAUCGUCCUCUGUCUCCAUGGAUUCCGCGUUUUGUGGUUUAUUUUUGGUCCCUGAGUUGCCGCUGUGCGGCGUCGGAUUUUCCUGACGGCCGCUUGCUUCCUUUCUCCAAACCCUCGAGGACGCUUUCUCUGCUCCAGCAUGCAAAAGAAGUGGACGGUCAGCCGGGAGUUGGAUGUGUCCAUUCGUGUGUAGGCUGGCAUACCGAGGGGAAUGCUUCACCGUGCUAAAUACAACCGAUUCCGGAAUGAGUCAGUGACGUCCGUCGAUGAGCUUCUGCACGGUCUCUCCAUGAACGCCAAGGUCUCGGCCGUCCCGCCGUCACCGCCCGUGGGCGACCCUCCAUACGCCCCGCCAGCCGACCCUGACCCCGCCGAAGAGUCUGGCACCUUGUGCACCCUCAUCAACAAAGUCUCCAACCUCAAAUUCACCAACUCUUCUGGACUUCUAGGCAUUAAGGGCCUGCCGUCCGCUGUCAAAGACCUGGCCGUGUCCAAGCUCCAGGGAGGAGCGGCAGCAGGUGCUUCCAGCAGCCCCGCUUCAUCCACCCUCGCUGCGGCCUCCCCGCUGGAACCCGGCUCCACGAGUUCAGGGAAGAAGGGCCGAAUGGAAGAAUCUCAGCCUAGUGGAGAGGGAUGGAGCCUGGGCGGGACGGGGGCCGCGGGCUGUGGAGGGCUGGUGAAUAAGCCGUCUCAUGGAUGGCUACACUCCAGCGAAAAGAUCUCUGGACCUGGAGUGACGUAUGUCGUUAAGUAUCUGGGCUGCAUCGAGGUUCUUCGCUCCAUGAGAUCUCUGGACUUCACCACACGCUCACAGAUCACACGGUACGAACACACUCUCUGUAUUCAUACACAAAAAACGCUAAAAGACCUAAAACAGUCAUGCUGUGCAAUGAAUGGGCUAUAUGCACAAUGUCCGUCUCUCUUUCAGACUCCCUCCAAACUCCUCUCCAGUAUUUUGGGCAAGAGUAACCUGCAGUUCGCUGGCAUGAGCAUCAACCUCAACAUCUCCACCAGCAGUUUAAACCUGAUGACACCCGACUCUAAACAGAUAAUAGCCAAUCAUCACAUGCAGUCCAUAUCCUUUGCCUCCGGUGGAGAUCCGGACACGACUGAUUACGUCGCUUAUGUGGCCAAGGAUCCUGUUAACCGGAGAGCCUGUCAUAUUCUGGAAUGCUCUGACGGUCUGGCUCAGGACGUGAUCAGUACGAUCGGUCAGGCGUUUGACCUGCGCUUUCAGCUCUACCUGCAGUGUCCCUCCAGCAAACCCUCGUCCAUUCACGACAGAGUCAUGAGUACAGACGAGCCGCCCUGGACGGAGGAAGGAGACGAGACCGCAGAUCAUCACUAUUAUAACAGCAUCCCUGGAAAGAUGCCGCCGCCUGGAGGAUUCAUCGACGCCAGGCUGACCAAUCAGUCGCAAGACAGCAGCCAGGGUGCAGGAGUGGAUCAAACUUACUACCAGGGCCGACCCAUGUUCAUCCAGCAAGGGUCAUGUGACAUCUACAGUCUCCCUGAGGUCAAAGCUCAGCCUCCUAAAGCUGGAGAAGUGCCCACGUAUGUGAACACGCAGCAUAUCGACACGCAGGUUUUGGCAGCCCUGCAGGCAGAAACAGAGACCAAUGCAGAUUCGAGCACGACUGGGGCUCCCAAAGACAGCCCGAGGAAAGACCUCUUCGACAUGAAGCCGUUUGAGGACGCUAUCAUGACCCAGACUCCUGCAGCAUCAGAGCUUCAUAAAGCGGCGUCGGUGGAUAAUUCCAGUCCUCUGCUGAUGCGAGCCGCUGCCCUGCGUGCCCACGAGGAGCUGGAGGACCAACGCUGGUACCACGGAGAGAUGAGCCGCCGGCAGGCUGAGAAACUGCUGCUGCACGACGGAGACUUCCUGGUGCGCAAGAGCACCACAAACCCGGGCUCGUACGUCCUGACGGGGAUGCACAACGGCCUCGCCAAACACCUGCUGCUGGUCGACCCUGAGGGCACGGUUCGGACGAAAGAUCACAUAUUCGAGAGCAUAAGCCACCUGAUUGGCCAUCACCGUGACAACAACCUGCCAAUCGUGUCUGCGGGCAGUGAACUGUGUUUGAAGCAGCCGGUGGACAGAAAACAGUGACGAAAACUGGUGCCACUCUUUACCAAAACACACACACACACACACACACGGCUCUGUUGACUUUCCGUCCUGAGACCACUCGACGGAGGGACCAUUUUCAGAUGGACGAUUCGAGAGCGCCGAUUUAUAGGAACUGAUACUCUUAUUUUAUCGCUCGGGUUGAGAAUCUAUAUUUUUGAAGACGCCUGCCUGGUGGAUUUAAGUUCGGAACGAGAGACGAAAACUAGAUAAAAGUAUUUUAGAAUAAAUAAUGAUAAUUUAAAAAAAAGAAAAAAAAAGUUUUAGUUUUGUCUAUCAAGCACAACCGGGAUUUUCAUGUUCGUCGGUAAGCGCUAUAGAAGGAAAGGAAAUAUUUGCUGAUUAAAAAAAAGUACUACCGCUGUUUCUAUAUAUUGACCUAUGUUAGGAGUUUACCGCAGCUAGUGUGGAAAUCAUUCGGUAGCUUCACCGCUUUGAAGGAUGACGAAUGUGUUUGCUUUCACAGAAAACACACACACACACACACACGCUGCACGUUCACACACACAGCUUUAAAAGUACCUACGUUUUUUUUCUAUGACGUUGAAACCUGUGGCACUCGCAUGACUUAAACUCUUACUUGUAUUGUGGUCAUUGUUGGUAGCAUCCAGAGCCCCGGCGAGGAGCUUUUCGUGUGCUGACAAUGUUAAAUAUUUCUGCUUUUAUUUUUUUUUUCCUCUCCCCAGUAUUUCCUUGAGUUUAGCUCUUCUUUACACGUGUCAGAAGGUGUGUAGUUUGCUCGCUUCGGGGCUUUACUUUAUACCUUGGAUGUUUUCUAUCAGUUCUGAUCGACAGACGGAGACGCUGCUCUUCUUCUUUUCCAUUAAACGGUGAAUAGCACAAUCCACGCUUCGCUCUCUGCUGCGUUUCUCUGGAUCCACUGGAAUAUUGCUGGAUUUGUCACAGUUUUAGACAUGUGCUUUAAUGAUUCAAGUCACUUUUAUUGCACCGUAAAUACACUCUCUUGUUUUGUGGCGUUUUGUUUGAAUCUACAUUUCAGAUCAAUGAAAUUUGCAUUCGAGUCGUAAACGGCGAGAUUAGAUUAAUUUUGGUCUUAUAUUGCUGUCUUGCAUAAGGGUGAAUCUCAUCAUGAUGUCAGGAAAUUGACUUCAAAAUCCCAAACUAAAAAUGUUCAACAGGAUUAACGUUAGCCCUCCUGUGAAAUUUGAAUUGGUUUUUAAAUAUCUCACAAGUGAUUUUUAAUGGAUUUUUCGAUGUGUUUCAUAGUAAUUAUACAUUUCUUCUGGAAAACGUUUUUAUUUCUUUCUGUUUGGUGGGAAUUAAGAAUGAUUUGUAACACUUGGUUGCUCAUAAGGCUAUCAUGAAACCGUUAUAAUCAGGACAUGACACAUGGCAUGAUUUUAUUACAUUAUUAAGUGUCAUUUGCUCAGUUAUGAUGUUUUUAAAUCCAAAGAUGACAUUGAUUUGUUAUGACAACUUGACACAAACAAAUACAUCAAAACUUGAUAUUA